AAAAUGCAGUCAGACAAACACACGCAAGUUAACAGAGCAUGUCUGAGCAGACAGGGUCAACCAGCACUUCCAGGCUGACACCCUUAUAUGCCAUGGACUCAACACUCCCCCAAUUUCUUGCCACAGUUGUCCUGGUAGUAACCCCCUUGAUGAGCAGACCCCACAGGAUUUUGGGGCAUUACAGGGAUCUUUGGCUUAGGUAAGAGGAGCAGUACUGCAGAGCAAAUGGGGAAGUCGAGGAAAAGAAAGAGUAAACGAGAUUCGGAGAGAGAGUAUGGCAUCCAGCUUGACCAUAAAAGUUAGUUUAUUGCCAGGUGUAUGAAACUUAUAAUGUUACUAGUAAUAAUAGCCAUACAAGGAGAGACAAACAGAUGAAACGGUUACAAUAUUACAUGGUUUCAAUUGGGUAUUUGGGGAAAUCUAGCUCAAUUUUGAUCAAUAAAAGUCAGGUUUAGAAAGCUAUUCCUGGAGUGAGAGAGAGAGAGAUUAAAAUCAAGUCUGAAGUUUAGAAAGUGGGCUUCAACAAAGAGAGAUAGAGUUGGGAUCUCACCACUCAGUGAAGCAUGAGCUAGUCGAGGUUCCCAGGUGUUUGUUGGAGCUCAUAGACAAGCUGCUCAGCUUAGGGUCCAGAGUGCUUGAGACAGGUAGAGCCCCCAGCACGAUCAGUGAAGAUAUUCCAGGCAGAAAAAGGAGACGGUGAAGUCCCUGUGGAACUGGUGCAGCUUUUGGAUCCAAGAACAGAAACUUGAGCUUGGCAUUUGUAAUGACUGCCUUGUGGAAGGACAUCUUACAUAAUGAGCAGCUUAUUCAGGAUGUAGCAGCAAUUGCUGUGGAUGCAGCACUUCUUGAAGGAGUUCUGAUGAGGACCGAAGAGGAUUCCAAUGUGUCUGAUGUUGUGAACUUUGCUCCCUUCACAUUGCUCCCAUCUCCAGUACCAAGCACUCUCUUUGAGCAAGCCUAUGCUGUUCAACAAGAUUUUAAUCUGCUUGUGGAUGCUAUUAGCCAGAAUGCAGAAUUCCUGGAACACACUCUUGCUAGCACCAUCCAAGUAGAUGCCUUCACAGCGCAACUUUUUAAAAUCCACAAGCAAGUUUUGAAAGAAGGAUUAGCCCAGUCAUUGAUUUUAGGAAUAAAUCGUUCAGAUUAUAUGUUUGACCAUGGUGAAGAAGGCUCUCCAGCACUGAAGCAAGUUGAAAUAAAUACCAUUGCUGCAAGCUUCGCAGGCCUUACCUCAAGAACUACUGCAGUGCAUCGGCAUGUGUUGAAUAUUUUGGGAAAAACAAAGGAAGCUUCAACAUUAAUGUAUAACAAUCCAGCCAAAGGACUUGCAAUGGGCAUUGCCAAAGCUUGGGAGCUCUAUGGCUCAGACAGGGCUGUGGUGAUGUUCCUGGUUGAAGAUAUCCAAAGGAAUAUUUUUGAUCAACGCUGUGUAGAGAAUGAGCUGUGGAACAGGAAUGUCCAGGUGAUCCGGAGACGGUUUAAAGAUGUUUUUGAAAGGGCAUCUUUGAACGAAGACAGGAGAUUAUUCAUAGAUGGCCAGGAGGUUGCUGUGGUGUACUACAGAGAAGGUUAUGUGCCAAAGAACUACAAUAAACAGAACUGGGAAGCACGGUUGUUGAUGGAAAGCUCCAAAGCAGUCAAGUGUCCUGACAUUGCUACCCAACUUGCAGGGACCAAAAAAGUUCAACAGGAGCUAAGCCAGCCUGGAACCUUAGAAAGACUGCUGCCCAACAAUACAGAGUCUGUUGCUCGCCUGAGAGCAACCUUUACUGGCCUCUAUGCUUUAGAUAUGGACAAAGAAGGUGAUAAGAUGAUUGCCAUGGCCAUUGCUGAUCCAGACCGAUUUGUUCUGAAGCCUCAGCGAGAGGGUGGAGGGAACAAUCUGUAUGGUGAAAACCUCAAGCAAGUUCUGGAGAAAACUAAAGACAGCCCAGAGAGAACUUCCUAUAUCCUAAUGGAUAAGAUCAAGCCUCAGCCAAUGAUGAAUUACUUGUUGAGGGCCCACUCUCCCUUGAAAAUAUCAGAAUGCGUCUCUGAGUUGGGGAUUUUUGGUGUCUACAUCAGGCAGGGCAAAGACCUUGUGAUGAACAAGCAUGUUGGUCACCUCUUGAGGACCAAGGCUGUUGAGCAUGAUGAUGGAGGGGUAGCGGCUGGUGUAGCUGUGCUGGAUACUCCCUACUUGAUAUGAAGAGGAUUCCUUUCUACCCUAUGGCUGAGCUAGCCCAAGGGUUGACUUGCCAGGGAAAGAUUUUUUUUUCCUUUAGGGUGUGUUUACCAAAUGUCUUAACACAGGUCUAAUCAAGUGAGUAGAGGCAUUCCUCCUGUGUCAGGAUUAUUUGAGAGAAUGUAUGACCAUAUUACACUAAUAUUAGUAUACUAAUAUUUGUAUGCAGUGCUCCCCUUUUAAUUUUUCCCUCAGAACUGGCUUUUGUUAGGUUUUUCUUUUAUUGCUAUCUUAAUUCUACUUGCUCAGUGUCCCAGUCACCACAUCUGCUCCAAGCAGCCAUGUGAGUGCAAGGCUCUGAAGCGUCCUGAAUGCUCCUUGAAGGAGACUGCCCUGUUCCUUGGAGCUCUGUGGAACUGGGAGAUGGGCUUUCCAUUGUGCAGUGGUACAGAACAUGACAGUUGUGUUACUCUUGAAGUUCCUGAUAAGGGAGGGUUACAUUUCCUUAUUUUUGCUUGUCUUUUUCCAUGUUUUCUGCUUUUUCACGUAGUUGCUGUCUUCAACAGCAUUUGCUUCCUGAGCCAAAGAAAAACCUUAUGGUCUAGGAAAAAGGCAACAAGGAGGAGUUUAGGCCCAAAGUUCUUUCCCUUACCUUGCUAACUUCUGUUUCUACAUAUUAUGUGGGACCCUUCUAGCAGUUAAUGUCUUUGUUUCUACUAGAGUAACCUUAUGGGCCCAGGGAAUGUCUGGGUGUGCUCCUGCUCUACCUACUUCCUGUGAGUUUUAGCUCUUCAGAGCUGAAAAAUCUUCAGAGCAGGAAGUGGUGGAUGGGUAGCAACACAGCCUCUGCCUAGUAUCUUUUCUGCAGAGGUGCUCUGUUUCCACAGUGCUGUGUGCUCUGGGGACUUGAAAACGUCACCGGUAAUCUUAGACUAAUCAGGCAGUAGGUGGUUUUACUGGUGAAGAGCUAAAUCCAAUAGCUUCUGUGAUUUGAAGUGGAGCCAACUGAUGAUGAUGCUAUAAAGUGCGUAGGGGUAAAACUUCUGAUUUCGCUGCAAUGUUAAGUGGGGAAGAAAGUCAAGUGUGCAGAAUUGGUGAAUGCCAGACUUAAGGUAGCGUCUGCUGCCACCAAUAUAUGCAUUAGGGUGCAGUCAUCAGUAUUGUUUCCCCGAUACACACCUUCCAGCAUUAUUGCACACCAGUCAAACCUGGCUCUGAAGAGUCAUACCUUUCAAUUCCCUUAGGGCCUUUUUCUGUGAUGCUCAUGGCUGUGGUAUCCACAGACAUUAAUUACAUUUUCUCCACUGCUCCUAUGAAGUAGGAUGUGAUGAUUCUCUUUACAGAUGCGGGGGCAACUGAAGCAGGGGCAGCCUGACCAAACACCAACUUCAGAAUGCUUGGAUUCACAUCUACAAGAGUGUUUCUUUACUAUAGGGGUUUGGAGAUGUGUAAAAUAGCAAACUAAAAAAAUGCCAGGAUCCAUUGUGUUACAUGGUACUGACAUGUAUGUACAUGGGUCAUCACCUGGGCUGUACUCUUGAGUGUUACUGCACAGACCUCUUGGGCUACUGCAGUAAGUAAUAUGGAAUGGCAGCCUAUUACUACUCUCACCAAUAGUAGCAGGAGCAUUUUGUAAUGAGCACAGACUUUUUUUCUCCAUUCUCUCUGUCUCUGUUUCUGUCUCAUUUUUGUCCCUUCGUUUAUGUGGGUGCACAAAUGAAUUUUAAUUUCAUGCAAUUUUUGUUUUUUGGGGGUUUUUUUUGCUGUUGAACUAUGAUUUACAGUCAAUAACAUUCCUGGAAUGGGAUCUUUAUUCCCAAGCUACUACAGAAGCCAUAUGAGUACAAAGAGAAGCAAGAAACGUACUCACGGUAAGAU